AUGAAGUUUACUACCAUCACCAGCAGCCUAUUGGCCUUCUGCACUCUUGGCCAAGCAGCUCUCAACCUCACCUAUAUCCCCGAGACCGACCCUCAAGGCAGAGUAGUGCUCGGCGAGAACGUCAGAAUCGCCUGGGAAAGCGAUAAAACCUAUAAGCAGGACGACAAAAAGCAUUGGCCCAGUGGCUGGCGACCCAUCGAGACCAUGUUCAUGAAGUUGAGGUUAAAUGAAGGCAAGGGCGAGUAUCUCUACAACAUUCCAGUUGGAAAAGGGCAACGAACCAGUGUGGGCAUCAAGGAUGGCGAUGGUCUGGAAUAUGUCAACCACACUGGUUGGUUCCCGGUCGUUAAGGAUGAGUUGAGUCCAAAAGACGGAUUCAAGGAGCAGACAUUCUCGGCUUGA